UAUUUCAGGAGAAAUGCCAAACAGUGCAUCGUUGGACAUUAACACCAAUGAAGCAGUACGUGGAGCGACAGACCUUUGCUUCAUGGUCUUGGCCAUUAAGAUGUGUAUGAGCAAACGGUUCAACAAAGUCCCGGAGAGCCCUAAGGAUAUGAGGCUUAAAAGCUUUUGGUUGGAGGGAGUGAAUAAAAUAUCAGAAAACACGGCCCUUCCAAAGAGUUUUGAUAAAAGCAAAGAGACUGACGUCAUCAUUCACGGAUACUUGGUAGAUUCGUCACUUCCGGAGAUAAAGGAUCUAGCAUCCUCAUUGAAAAAAAGACAGCACAAUGUCCUUCUGGUUGACUGGGGAAGAGGAGCCAGCAUUAACUAUGCUCAGUCUGCCUCUAAUGUACAGACUGUUGGGGCAUAUGUGUUCCAAAUUCUGAACAAGAACAAGAUUCCCUGGGACAAGGUCCACAUCAUAGGUCAGGGGUUAGGAGCACAUGCGGCUGCGGAGGCAGGGAAGCUCUCCAAAGGAAAAAUAGGGCGCAUCACUGGAUUGGACCCAGCAAGUCCCUUGUUUGAAAACUCUACGUUUGCAAUUAACAAAGGAAGUGCCCAGUUUGUGGACAUCAUCCAUACAGACGCUAGACCUUUUGGUUAUGGAAUGAGAAGACCAUGUGGCCAUCUGGACAUCUACGUCAAUGGCGGAAGGCGGCAACCAGGGUGCACCUAUAACCCGAAAAAACCCGUCAGGAUCCAUAAGCUUAAAAAGGCGACUUUUGGAAAAGCCUGUGGACAUCUAAAAGCAGUGGCGUACUACGUAGAAUCUAUUAGAGACAACUGUAAGUUAAGAGCCUGUGAAUGUACCUUUAAGAAAUUUCUGGCAUCCAAAUGUAGCCGUACCAAGUGUGUGUUCUGGGGGUACGACACCACUAAAGGCGCCAAGGGAACAUACUACGGUGUAACCGCCACAGCCUUCCCGUACUGUAGAACUGAUGGUUCUGAGUAAGCUAUGUGGAAAA